GUAGAAGGUGCCGCACUUACGUAAAUCCGUACGUCUCAUUUACUGAUAGCGGAAGAAAGUGGAGGUGCAACAUAUGUCCAUUGCUUAACGAUGUUCCUGGCAAUUAUUUCGCACAUUUGGAUGCCAGUGGCAGAAGAGUUGAUUUGGAUGAACGACCUGAGCUUACCAAGGGUAGCGUUGAGUAUGUUGCUCCAGCUGAAUACAUGGUUCGGCCUCCAAUGCCACCACUGUACUUUUUCCUCAUUGAUGUAUCAAUAUCUGCAGUUAAAAGUGGAAUGCUUGAGGUAGUAGCACAGACUAUUAAGUUUUGUUUGGACAAAUUGCCUGGUUUUCCCCGUACGCAGAUUGGGUUCAUAACUUAUGACAGCACAAUACAUUUCUAUAGUAUGAAGUCAUCUUUAAUGCAGCCUCAGAUGAUGGUCAUCUCAGAUUUGGAUGACAUAUUUGUUCCAUUGCCAGACGAUCUUCUCGUCAACUUGUCAGAAUCUAGGAAUGUGGUGGAUGCAUUCCUUGAUAGCUUUCCCUCCAUGUUCCAGGAUAACAUGAAUGUGGAAUCUGCAUUUGGUCCAGCUCUUAAAGCUGCAUUCAUGGUUAUGGGGCAACUUGGUGGUAAGUUGUUGAUUUUCCAGAAUACAUUGCCAUCACUGGGUGCUGGCCGUCUACGAUUGCGAGAUGAUGCCCGCAUUUAUGGAACAGAUAGAGAGCAUAUGCUAAGAAUACCAGAAGAUCCAUUUUAUAGACAGAUGGCUGCUGAUUUCACACGUUGGGUCGUUCACCCUGUUUGGCAAGAGUAAUUCUAAGUUGAAUAUGGCUAUAACAUAUUAAGUUCAUCUCCAAAUCUGAAAGUCAGCUACACUCUACAGUUUCCCUACUUGUUUCUCCUGAAAAUGUACAAAUCCAAACUACAAGAAUUGUGCCACAAGUGGGGUUGGAGUUUGCCCAUUUAUACAACUGCAAGUGAUGGCCAAGAUAAUAUCCCUAGAUUCAAAUGUUCAGUGACCGUGGAUGGGGAGCCUUUCUAGAUUCCGGUUAAGUGCAAAACGUUGAUAGAUUCUCAAAAUUUGGCAGCCCAUAUAACUCAUGACCACUUCAUUGCCCAACCAUCUCUCCAAUAGCCCUACUACCCUAACUCUACCGCUUACCCUGGUGCCGGUGUUGAAGCUGUUCCGCCUGUAGCUGUAGCUCCAUUUUUUCACAUUUCAUUUCCUGAACUUCCACCAGAUUUUGAACCUCCGCCACUCCCCCUUCCAUCCGCUAGUUCAUAGAUGAUGACAAGUGAUGAGGAAACGUCUCAAAUGAAUAACUCUGUAAAGAGGAGCAGAAUAUCAGUCCACAAGAAUGUGACAAGCGCAAAGUCUCCUACAGAAGUUCAGAAUCGCAGCACUCAAAAGAAACCCCAAAAACCACUAAAGCAAGAUGUUGCUAAGAAGGGGAAGGUGAUGAAACAGGGAAAGAAGUCUGCUCCUGGAGAAGGCCCCCUUAGCACUCAUUGUUUGAAUUAUUUAUAACGAUGCAAGUCAAGCAAAUUAAUGUUUCUACUCAAAAUUCGAGUACAACAUACUUCGCAUGUAGAUAAAACUUUAAGUUAAAUAGAUAAAACUUACUAGCGGGUGGAAGGGAAAAUGGUGGAGGUUCAAAAUUUGGCGGAAGUUCAGGAAAUGAAAUGUGGAGAAAUGGAGCUAGAGCUACAGCUACAGGCGGAGCAGCUUCAACACGGGCACCAGGGUAAGCGGUAGAGUUAGGGUAGUAGGGCUGUUGGAGAGAUGGCUGGACGAUGAAGUGGUCGUGAGCUAUAUGAGCUGUCAAAUUUUGAGAAUCUUUCACCGUUUUGCACUUAACUGGAGUCUCGAAAGGCUUUCCAUUCACGGUCACUGAACAUUUGAAUCUAGGGAUAUUAUCUUAGUCAUCACUUGCAGUUGUAUAAAUGGGCAAACUCCAACAUCUGUUGUGACACAAUUCUUGUAAUUUGAAUUUGUACAUUUUUAGGAGAAACAAGCAGGGGAACUGUAGAGUGUAGCUGACUUUCAGGUUUGAAGAUGAACUUAAUAUGUUAUAAUCAUAUUUAACUUAGAAUUAUUCUUGCCAAACAGGGUGAAUGACCCAACGUGUUAAAGUAACUUUUUGGAGGGAACAUGGGAGAGAGAAAAGUGACUAUAUGUAUUAAUACACAUAAAUAAAAAAUGUCUUUUACACACAAUACUAAUUUUCCCACCGACUGAAGUAACUAA